UGCUAUUAAUUUCAAAGAUCUGUUAUCUGUGGUGUAUAUGUCCCGCAGAGCGCACAUCAAUGUCAGAGUGGUCAUCUGCAGAAAGAUUUUACAGAUUUUACAAUCCCAGCCAGAUGCAGCACAUCAAAUAUCUCAACAAGUGGGUUGGCAAGACACUUUAGUUAGGCUUUUUUUAAAAGCAAAUUUUGAAAAUGGAAAUACUCUUCAUAAGCACAGUAGGGCUGUUUCAAUGAAAGACAAUGAUAAAAAUAUAUCAGCUGACGAUAAUAAGAGGAACUUCGAUGAAAAGAUGGAUGAGGAAAAAAUCAACUCUUUUGCCUCCACUAAUGUGUCUUCAGAUCAGUGGAGUCUGGAGGAUAGACGCUCUCUAGACUCAAACACACCAUUAUUUCAAGAAGAUAGCUCUGUGGGAGAGUUGUCUUUCAAAUCAGAGAACCAAGAAGAAUUCUGGCAUCAUAGUCCUUCACACUUGAGUUUAGAUCUCAGUAGAAUUGACUCCUGUGAACUGAGUGACAGUGGAGGUCAAAUGCCAGACAGCCUGCCUAGCACACCAUCCCCCAUAGAGUCUACUAAAUCAUUUUCUGUGCCGUCUGACAAAGAAAGCAGCAUCACAAGUGACACGGGCUUCAGCGAUGACUUCUCUUUACUUGAAAGCCAGGAGGUAAAAUUCCUUAUCUGUCCAAAUGCUCUUUUUGUUUCUAUAUGUCUAU